AUGAACUGGCAACCAGAACAACAUGGCCUGAACGAAUUACUCAACUUGCUCCAAGAUGCCAUACAUCCAAAUAAUAGGGGUCAACUGUUGGUGCAAGAGAGACUAGCUUCAUUCAAUGCAAUCCCGGAAUAUAACUCCUACCUCAUCCACAUUUUAGUGUUGAUGACUGAUCAGGACAGCUACAUACGAGCGAUUGCUGGACUGACGCUCAAGAACAACAUUUUGAACAGCUUCAAUUCAACGCCACUGUUCGUAUUGGACCAUGUAAAAUCAGUGUGCACUCGGUCCUUGGAAUUUCCUGAUCCAGAUGCGACCAUCAGGAGAACCAUUGGCUCUGUGAUUACUGCGAUCGUGGUUCGAGGACAGAUCAUGAAUUGGCCAAACAUCAUGAACAUACUAGCCCACAGGCUGGAUAGUCCGAAUUCAUUGUCUAUUGAGAUGGCUUUGGAUACAAUACAGAUGAUUUGUGAGGAUAACGCAUUAGACGUAAACGAAGCCAUGGAUGCUGAGACCAAUACACCCGUACUAGACUUCAUAAUUCCAAAAUUAAUACCAUUCAACAGCCACGCCAAUGCCCGUUUAAGAGUGGCUUCCAUCAAAGCCAUCAGCCAUUUCAUACAACUCGAGUCGACAUCACUACUGGCCAACAUGGACAGUUAUUUACAGUCAUUGUUUAACAUUGCAUCUGACGAAACAACUGAAGUACGUCAAGAACUAUGUCGCUCUUUUGUCAUGUUACUUGAUACCUUUACUGAAUGCCUUCUGCCAUAUCUUGAUCAACUGAUCGAAUACAUGAUUUUUUGUAACCAAUCCGAAAACACCAAAGUGGCAUUAGAAGCUUGUGAAUUUUGGCAUCAGUUUGCCCGACUAGAGGACAUUCAUAACCAUCUAUUACCCUUUCUGCCUCGCGUGGUGCCAGUGAUUCUUAACUCGUUGAUAUACACAGAUGAAGAUUUGAUGGUGCUUGGUGGAGGCGAUGAUGAGGAUGAUUCCAACCCGCAAGAUCUACAGCCCCGAUUUGCCAGUCGAUAUAUAUCCACUUACUAUAAUAGAUACAGGCAGCAACAUAACAGCAACAGUAGCAGCAGUAGUGAAUAUGAAGACGACGAGGACGAGGAGGAUGAGGAUCCCGAGGACGAAGAGUUCUUUUCGGAAUGGACACUGCGAAAAUUUAGCGCUACUUCAUUAGAUGCACUCACAUCAUCGUUCAAAUCACAAAUGACAAAUAUUUUGCUGCCUCUGUUGAAUCAUGCCUUAUUUAGCGAUGACUGGAGAGUGAUUGAAAGUGGCAUACUCGCAUUAGGGGCAGCCGCAGAAGGUGGCAUUGAGGAGAUUACUCCCCAUUUACCCAAACUGAUACCUUUUCUAGUCACUCAGCUAUCGCAUGCAAAUGCUCAUGUGCGGUGCAUCUCCUGUUGGACCGUGAGUCGAUUCUCUGGAUGGAUAGUUGCACAAUGCACCAACUCCGAGCAAGGUCGCACACAGUUCUAUGAGCCUGUGCUUCGUGAGCUACUACGACGUAUUCUUGACAGAAGUAGACGAGUGCAAGAAGCAGCAUGUUCGGCAUUUUCGACGUUGGAGGAAUCAGCAUCGAAGCAAGAACUGGUUCCAUAUCUAGCAAUGAUUUUGAAUCACCUGACUCGAGCAUUGCGAUUGUAUCGAAAUCGAAAUUUAAGGGUUUUGUAUGACACCAUUGGGACACUAGCAGAAUCCGUGGGCUCCUGUUUGAACGAACCUAAUUUCAUUGCAGUUUUGAUGCCACCAUUGAUAUCCAGAUGGAAUGGACUUACAGAUACAGAUUCGGAUCUAUUUCCAUUAUUAGCAUGUUUGACAGAUAUUGCUACCUCAUUGGGCAGUGGGUUUUUGCCAUUUACUGAACCUGUGUUUACAAGAUGCGUCACGCUGAUAUCCACCACCUUACAAAACACGCUACAACAUGACGACUAUGAAGAGUUUGAUGACUUGAAUGACGAGUUUAUUGUGAUACCGUUGGAUUUGUUAUCGGGAAUUGUGCAAGGAUUGGGCGAGAAGGUGGAGCCGUUUGUGCAGCAAUCUACAGUAUUACCAUUACUGGCUGUUUGUGCUCAUUAUGACUCACGGUAUGAAAUCUUGUCGCCCACGUACGCUCUAAUAGGCGACAUAGCCAAAGCUUGUUUUGUAACACUACCUCCUUAUUUGGAGAAUAUGAUGCCUGAACUUAUUCGUCAACUAGAGAGCAAUGAUCCCGCAUCUAAAUCAGUACGCAAUAAUGCUAUUUGGGCAGUUGGCGAGAUAUCGAUACGAUGGCACAGAGAGAAUAUGGAGAAAUACGUCGAGCCCGUUUUGCAAGCUCUGAUACCAUUGAUACAUCCACAAUCACAAACUGUGGACCUACAAGAAAAUGCAGUCAACACCAUUGGUCGGUUAGGUAUCCAUAAUGCGGAAAAGGUAGCACAAUUCCUGCCUCAAUUUUGUCGCGCUUGGCUUUAUAGGUCAAGAGGCAUGCGUGAAAGUGAUGAAAAAGAUAGCGCGUUUCAAGGCUUCUGCAGAACAGUAUGUCUGUUUCCUCAGGCAUUAAAUGAAGUGGCAAUUCGCACUUUGUUUGACAUUAUUGGACAAUGGCAAUCUCCAUCAGAUGGACUCAAAGUUUUGUUCCAAGAAAUAACAGUCGGCUAUCGUGGGCUUCUGACCAUAGAUCAAUGGAAUCAAGUAGCAUCAGGUGUACUCAACAAAGAUGAACCAGAGCGAUAG